UGGAUGCCCUUGAGCAAAGCAACACCAUCAACUUAGUUUUGAGUUACUACUUUCAUAGCCAUGGAACACUUCUGUUUCCUGGUCAUCCUCUCACUCUCUGCCUUGGCCAUGGCCUUGCAGCUGACCACCCCCUGCAACGCUAUACAAGCUCAACCGCAGCCGAUCUACGACACAGAUGGCCAUGAACUAACAGGCAACAACCUGUACAACAUCAUGCCGGUGGGCCGGAAUCUGAGCGACCAGUGCGUCUCUCCUAGCUCAUUUCGGGAGGAUCAAUGUCGUGUGCGGGCGAUUCUGACACCGUGCAAGCAGUUUCGUGGGACAGACGGCUACGUUCGGAUCAGGCUGGCCGAGGUGAGCGACAGCUCCGACACGGAGGCGUUACCCCGCCUCUCUACCGACGUCGUGAUCGAUUUUCGCGGCGUGGUCACCUCGUGCGUGUACCCUCUCCAGUGGUACGUCCGUCCAGAGAACACGAAGCAGAUGCACGUGACCGCCGGCCUCUUGACGGGGAUGGAGGGAUGCAAGACGCCGGCAGGAACAUGCAUGGCAGAGAUUUUCAUGUUCCGCGUUGAGAAGCACGGCGCGGGGUACAAGCUCAUGUCGUGCCCCGAUGCGCCGUGCCGCGAUCUGGUGUUGCUCGACUACGCCGGACGCAGGUAUCUGACGGUAGAGAAAGACGGGCGCGAGCCUCUGGUGGUCGUGUUCAAGAAGUUCCAUCGCGUCACCUUGCCUCCUGCGAGUCAUCCCCAACUAGGCUAGUGUCUAUGCCACUAUGUAUGUGUACUUGCUUAACCGUUUGAUGCGAUGAAUAAAUUUCUAGCGAGUUGAAGCAUGAAA